UGCCGGCUCGCCAGAGACGCCAUGUACCGGCUCCUGUCAGCCGUGACUGCCCGGGCCGCGACCCCCGGGGGUUGGGCCGGGGGCAGCGGGUGGCGCGGGGCCCACCAGCGUGCCGGGCUGCCGCCGCUCGGCCCCGGCUGGGUCGGGGGCCUCGGGCUGGGGCUGGGGCUGGCGCUCGGGGUGAAGCUGGCGGGCGGACUGAGGGGCGCGGCCCCCGCGCCGGCCCCCGACCCCGAGCCGUUGCCUCAGGCCGAGCCGCUGGCGCCGCAGGAACAGUCCCUCGCCCCGUGGAUUCCGCAGACCCCCGCGCCGCCCGCCUCCAGGCGCUUCGCCAGAGCCAUCGAGAGCAGCCGCGACCUGCUGCACCGGAUCAAGGAUGAGGUGGGCGCACCAGGCAUAGUGGUUGGAGUCUCUGUAGAUGGAAAAGAAGUCUGGUCAGAAGGUUUAGGUUAUGCUGAUGUUGAGAACCGUGUACCAUGCAAACCGGAGACAGUUAUGAGAAUUGCCAGUAUCAGCAAAAGCCUCACCAUGGUUGCUCUUGCCAAAUUGUGGGAAGCGGGGAAACUGGAUCUUGAUAUUCCAGUACAACAUUAUGUUCCUGAAUUCCCAGAAAAAGAAUAUGAAGGUGAAAAGGUUUCUGUCACAACAAGAUUAUUGAUUUCCCAUUUAAGUGGAAUUCGUCAUUAUGAAAAGGACAUGAAAAAGGUGAAAGAAGAGAAAGCUUAUAAAGCCUUGAAGAUGAUGAAAGGGACGAUGGAAUCUGACCAUGAAAAAGAGUUAAAAGAAAAAGGAGGCAAAAGUAAUGAAAAGAAUGACUUUGCUAAAGCUAAGAUAGAGCAGGAUAAUGAAGCCAAAGGCCGGAAUUCAAAACCUGGCAAGAAAAAGAAUGAUUUUGAACAAGGCGAAUUAUAUUUGAAAGAAAAGUUUGAAAAUUCAAUUGAAUCCCUAAGAUUAUUUAAAAAUGAUCCUUUGUUCUUUAAACCUGGUAGUCAGUUUUUGUAUUCAACUUUUGGCUAUACCCUACUGGCAGCCAUAGUAGAAAGAGCUUCAGGAUAUAAAUAUUUGGACUAUAUGCAGAAAAUAUUCCAUGACUUGGAUAUGCUGACAACUGUGCAGGAAGAAAAUGAGCCAGUGAUUUACAAUAGAGCAAGGAGGAAUGACUGAGGAGUCCUAAUUUCCAGCCCUGAUGUAAGUGAUUUAAAAUGAUUUACUGUUGAAAGAAGGUUACACAAAGCUGAUUAUUAGCCAAAAUAUUCUGGUAGUUCUCUCCUAGUUUACAAGCUUGAAGUUCACUCUAAGAAAUAUAUUUACUUGAAGUUCACUCUAAGAAAUAUAUUUCUCAAUGUGAAAGGGUGUUUCUAUUGUGCAGCUUCUUUUAGAUUUGCUUGACUGGAAUUACAAGUGUAAUCAGAAUUGAGGCAGAAAGUAAUGAGGACCUAAACUGUGGGAGUGGCCCUAGGAACAGAAGGAAGGGAGAAGGGUAAGACACAAAGCAGAGGUUGAAUAAUAGGAUUUAGUGUCUUAUUGGAUGUGAGAGUUAAAGGCAAGAGAGUCAACCAUGGUUUUGUUUUUUUUGUGUGUGUGUGAGGAGAUCAGCCCUGUGCUAACAUCUGCCAAUUUUCCUCUUUUUUUGCUGAGGAAGACUGGCCCUGGGCUAACAUCCGUGCCCAUCUUCGUCCACUUUAUAUGGGACGCCGCCACAACAUGGCUUGACAAGCGGUGCGUCGGUGCGCACCCUGGAUCCGAACCAGGGAACCCCGGGCCGCCUCAGCGGAGCGCGCGCACUUAACCGCUUGCGCCACUGGGCCGGCCCCCAACCAUGGUUUUAAUGGAGAGGAGGAAGAGAUUAGUUUAGACCUGUUCACUUUGAUAAAUGAGAAGACCGUAUAUCCAGUGAUUGAUUCUCAAGAGAGCAUAUUAAGAUUCUCUGUAGACUUCUUUUUAUCUUCAAAGCACGUAUCUGAGGCCACCUCUGCUUUACCCAAUAUUAUGACUUGGACUUUUAGGGGACAUAUAAGAAUCUUGAAGGAAGAAAGAAGAGUCGUUUUUCAAACUAUAUAUGCCCACAGGCCCUCCAAAGUUACGAAUUUUGAAGCAAGGGUAUAAUUUUUGGAGGAAGGAGCCCUACAAGUGAUUCUGAUAAACAUCUUUCCUACCUUUCUCCCAAACCAAAGUUGAGAAUUAUUAAUGCUAGUAGAAAAUCCAAUUGUAAAUUUGAGUCAAGGGUCGUGGUACAGAUGCAGAUUUGUAAUUAUCUCUGUAGAAGAAAAGACCUGGGAAACUGGGACCACUGGUGAUUGGAAGGGUAUGGGGAAUCAUGGGAUUGAGAGUGAGAAGAGAGAGAGAGCAAAAUGGCCUGAGGGGAGUGUCAGCCAAGUGCUGGUUAACAGUGCAACAGAGGGCAAAUAGGAUGAGUAAUUAGAAGAUAAAAGAGAAUUAGGGAAAGGGAAUUAGAAGAUCCUUGAUAACCAACAGGAGAGCUGUUUCACAGUGAUGGAGAAACAGAAGCCAGAUCUUAAGGAAUUGAAUGAAUGGAGAGGAUGAGUGCAUGGAAACAGCAGGUGUGGACUAUUUUAUUUAGUUUGGCAGUAAAUGAGGAGAGAGAUAGGUCUGGUAGCUGGAAGCUGUAACAAGGAUAAAAAGAUAAAAGUUUUUUUUUCCUUAGGAUAUAGGAAACUAGAGCAUUUUGUGAACUAAGGUGAAGAAGUCAAAGUUCCUGACAUGACACAGAAACUCCUUUGUGACCUAUCCCCUGUCCCAUGUCUCCUCCUCCAGCAUCAUCUCUUGCCACUUGUCCCCUUUAGCUCUCUGCUUCAGCCAAACUGAACUACUUUGCUCCCCAGCCUGGCCUCUGUGAGCAGCCAUUUCAUCACGGCUUGCUCUUGAUUUCUCACAUCCAGCUUGCUAGUCAUCCCACAACCUGUUACUCAAAGUGUGGUCCAGGGACCAGCAGUAUUGGUAUCUCCCCGGGGCUUGUUAGAAUUGCAGAAAUUCGGGCCCUUCCCUAGACCUACUGAAGCAGACUCUGCAUUGUAACAAAAUCCUCAGGUGAUUCAUGUGGUGCUUUGAAAUUUAAGAACUGUCCAACAAGACUGUUAGUUAGCCCCUUGAGAGCAGCCACAGUGUUUGGUUUUACUUGUCUCUCCAGUACCUUGCAAGGUGUCUCCAUUAAAUAUUUGGCCAGCAAAUGAUGCUUUCGUGUAUUCAGCAUGUUUAGUGAGCACUUAGUGGAUGGCAAGUACUGUUCUAGGUAGGGGAAUCAUCAGUGAACAAGGUAGAUAAGGUUCCUGCUCUUAUGAAACUUGCAUUCCCUGGAAAGGGACAGACAAACAUGUAAACUAAGAAUUUCAGAUAUUGUUAUAAAAAAAUAAAAUUGGGCAAUGGGAUAUAGAGUGACAGGGAGAGGAUAUGGGGGGAUCUAUUUAAAAAACAUUGGUUUUAGGCCAUGUCAGUUAAGCUGAGACAUAAAUGAUAAGAAAAGCUAGCUUGCCUUGUUGCAAAUACAGAAAUAAGUCUAGCGUGAAAGAAGCAAGGUAAGAUGUUGUAAGUGAUGAGGUCAGUGAGGUAAGCAGGGGAUAAAUCAUUGGACAGUAAGUCUCAAUGCCGUUAGACCCACUGCCCCUUAAUUUAACAAAUUUUUCAUAACACCUUUAAUAUCCUGAAAUGGAAGUCAUAGAUCAUAUAAACUACACUCAAUACUCUAACUAAAAUAUAAAAAAGAAACAAAAGGAAUAUAAUUUAUAAUCAAUAAAUGAUAUUUCAAUAUGUUAAAGUUUACUCAUGAUAACAUUAGAAGACAUAAUAAAGUCAGAUGCAACUUAAUACGUAAAGGAAUUAUAAAUGUGACAACUGUAAAUGCAGACCAAUACAGGUGUAUUGUGUUGGUGCUUCAACUCAUGCCCUUGGUGGCCAACUCUGGCUAACAUUUUGAGCAAAAUAAAGUAUGGUCUUCCUUCAAUUUACACAGUGGUUACAUUCAAGAAAAAUUCAUUGCAGAGUGAAAAUGUGCAAAAAGUACUUUGUGUUUUUAUAUAAAAUAGAGAGGGUUCUAGGCUCAGCUAAUUGUAAACAGAUUUUUUACUUACAUGAAUAUCUGGUGGGAUAGUUGAAGGUGUUACAGGAUAUGGGAGAAUGCACCAUUGUGUGGGACUUUUCCAUAUAUCACAGGACAUUUAGGACCUUUGGACUUCUAUCCAUUAAAUGUCAGUAAGAGCCCUUUAAUAAUUGUGACAACUAAACUGCCUCCAAAAAUUUCCCUUAGGGAGUUGGUACUGCCUCUGUUUUGGACCAUUGAUUGUGUUGUAGGCCAUAG